ACAAUGACUUCUCUGACCGUGAAGUUUAAUAAUGCGGAUGUGAAUCCCGUUUGAUUCAUCAAUUCCAUCUUGAUUACAGACGAGUCUUACUAAGGAGUGUCAACCAGGAAGCAGCUUAUGCAUAUGACAUACUGCUGAAUAGGUCUUACCAACUAAUAUCAAACACAGCUGUAGACAUUUGAUAAACAUGCAGUCUAUUCAUAAGAGUGUCAUAGUCGCUAUCUUUAAAAUAACGUGAAAAGUAGGGUGGGAACGAAAGAUUUCAUUCUAAGUCUUGGAGGUUUGUGUACGUUGAUAGAAAAUCGAUAUAUCCUCUUUCUGUCUUCUAUUAAAUAAUCCCAGAUAAUUUCAGAAAUCCUUACUUUAUUUAAUGCAUAGUUUAAUAUGAAUAAUUUAACGAAAAAUGUAAACUUAUUUAUCCUAAAAAAUGGGGAUUUUCAAUAAUUCCGCUUAUACAUUUAUAAAUACACUCAUAGGGACCUUACAGAUUUUAUUUAUAUUAUAUUGAGAAAAUUUUUAUUUGUUUAUUCAUCUCAUUGCUGCUAGAAGCUUUUAUGAAGAUCAAUUUAUUCUUUGCUUUGACAAUAAAGUUAAUCAUUGGAAAAAUAAUUACAUAUAGAAUAAUAAACCGUAAACCUAAUUGCUAAAGUAUGAUGCUGACAAAUCAAAUUUCAUGUUAUGCUCAUUAGAUCAGUAUAUUUAAUAAUCUAUUUUUGGACCUAUUGUUGUUGUUUAUUAUUGAUCUUAUAACCACGAGUAAAAUUAUCGCGUGGACAUGUUUUUGCUUUACUGAAUCCUGAUUGGUUAAUAGCAAUAAAAAAUCCCUAGUUAUUUGAUAGGUUGGUUUAUUUUAGUUUAGAAAGCGUAUUAAAAGGGUAAUCGGUCUAGUUGAAUAAAUUUCAGAUCCGAUUAACUUGUAUGCAGUUUAAAGCACAAUUACUUUUAUAUUAAACAUUUUAAAAAUAAUGGAUUCUUCACCGCCGGUAUUAUUGAAUGCUUUACGGCCACUUAAAACAAAUAGACCAAGACCACGAAUGAGAUUAACAUCUAUACGCCAAACACCACAACGUGUUCUAGCUGCUAAACUUGACGUAAAUAUCAAUCAGAACUUAAAUCCUGUCAUAUGUCCUGAAACUCUAAAUCAACCGACACCACGAGUAGACUAUAAAUCAGAUGUUCCUUCUUCAAAAUUAACAAGAUUUGUAAAACGAUUUAGUACAACUUUUCUUCCCGCUGAACAUCCAGUAUCCGAUAUUAUGAAUAAAUCAGAGAAGAAUAUUAAUCCUCAAUUUGAUUUUAACCAGUGGAAAAAACGGAGGUCUAUACUAAAUUAUCGAGACCGAUCACCAUUACAUAUCGACCAACAUGUACAACCAGCUGAUGGAAUGGUUGAUACGAAUACUGACCAAGUUGAUAAAAGAAUUACAGUUUUCUCAGAUUUAUCUAACGUAAUUGAAUCAAAUCAAACAACCACUUGUACUAAACGUAAAAGCAGUCUUACAAGAUGGUUUGAAAAGAAUGUUAAACAUCCACGAAGAUCAUUACCUCAUAGAUCCCUAACAACUGAUUGUACAGCACCAGUUAUCACUAACAGUUCAUCAAUACCUGAAAAAACGCAACCAGAAUGUUUGUAUAAUCAAAUUACCCAGCAGACAAUUACACCUUAUGCUAAAGUUUUUAAAUCCCGUCGCAGUCUAUUGAGACAUAGAUGUAUUUCAAAUCAUCCUAUUAUAACAUCGAAAUCUCAGGAAAGUAAGACACCCGGGAUCUUUCUAUCACAUGGUGUUGAUCAUAUAAGUAACUGUAACCAUCGUGAUUCUGGAGAUGAAACUAAUGAGAAAGUUAUUGUUUUGAAGAGUAACAAUGUAGAAGAUUUUAAAAUCAAUGAAACUAAAUCUGUUCAUAAAAACGCCUUUGGUUCUGAAAAAUGUGUGAGUGAAGCAGAUGAACCUUGGUUUAUCAUCCCACCUACUGGUAUCGAUGGUCCGUGUUCUCAAAAUCAAAACAGUACUUAUUCAAGUAUCAGUUCGAUUGUUUCGGAUUUCACGAGCAUGAGUCAAUCUGUUGGCAAGAGUACUGGAUCUCACAAGUCCCUGAUAAGUACAUUCUAUACUCCGACAAUGAAACGUCGGCAUAGACUACCUAUUCCUUCAGAAUUUCUUAAUUCUACUUCCUCAGGACCUGUGAUCUACAAAUCAACCACACGAUCCUCGAUGACGAAUAUGUAUUCAGAAUUGAAUAAAUCAAGUGAUCAAGAUUCAGGUCUUUCAUCACAGCUAAGUACUACAUUUCAAGGUGCAGAUGUGGAAACCCAAAGUGGAGAUUUAAGGGAACAUAGAAAUCUAGUAGGAUCAUCAUCGGCAAGUUGGGCAACUACUUUACGUCAGUCUAUGAAACGAGCGAAUAAUAAACGUACUUUAUUGGCAGGUUGCACUUUAUUCAAUAGGAACCCAGUCGAAGGACUCAAUUACCUUAUUAGAAAUUAUAUUUUAUUAUCUGAUCCCAUUAAAAUUGCUCAAUUCUUAUUCCAUGAACCAAAUCUCAAUCGCCAAGCUAUUGGAGAGUACUUUGGUCUACUUGAUAACACAUUGGCAACGAAAGUUUUAAAGGAAUUCUUAUUGCUGAUCAAUAUGAAGAAUAUGGAGGUGGAUGUUGCCUUGCGUUCAGUUAUCGGACAUUUUCAUCCUUCAGUAAGUCUUCAUGAAUUUAAAUAAAUAUUGAGUAAUCAGUGAUUAGUUUUAAUUUAACAUUAUUCUGAAGUUUAUCAGUUAUCGUUUUUAUACUAAUCAUCCAGUUUAUUAAACGGAUUGUGUGUGGUUGUGGAGAUUGUUUGAUUUCACUAAAUCGGUUGGUUUGAUGGAAGUUGGUCUUAAGUCCGAAGUUCUUGUGUCCGACUUCUGGAUGCGGUAUCUUGAAUGGAUGUCAAUGAGGAGUCCGACGCUGGGACGAAACAUUCGUCUAGUGUUUCCAGUCUUCCAAUAGUGGUCUUAGAUAGGUUCAUGAUAUCGAUGAAAUUCAGUAAACGUAGUUGAUCUUUUAUAAAUUUCGGUGAUUGUACUGUUCUUAACAAUUCUAUAUUUUUUGUUUCAGGGUGAAUCUCAAAAAAUUGCUUAUCUAAUGCGAAUAUUUCAUGAAGUAUAUAUUAUUCAAAAUUCAGAUCGUGUCCGAAAAAAUUUUCAUAGUCCUGAAACAGUGGAAGUCUUAGCAUAUUCAGUGCUUUUGUUACACACAGAUCUUCAUAAUCCUAAUGUUGGAAAGUUGGGCAAACGGAUGACUAAACAAGGCUUUAUUAACAAUAAUCGUGGAAUUGAUUCUGAUCAUGAUGUGCCUACAGAUUUACUGGAAGGUAUUUAUGAUCGUAUAGCUGCUUCCGAGUUUAAGACACUACCAGAUCCAUCAGAUAAACUUCGUGCUUUGGAUGGAGUUUUGGUUGGUCCUUUGAAAACAGACAACUUUGUACAACGACAUCGUCGUUUCAUUGGCAGGAUUCUGACCCAAGAAAUUGAAAAAAUUGCUCCCCGAAAAUUACCAGGUAGAAAUAAUGCUCGAUGGCGCCACGUGUUAAUAUUUAACGAUAUAUUGGUGGUUGUUAAAUCGUUGAAUACAACCCGUUUACGAUCUGGUUCCCUUAUAAAUUCUGUCGCAGCAGUUGCUUUUGGAGACCAAAAUGCUACUCAUCAUUAUACACCAAGGAAUUCCGUAUCUAGAGAUGACGGUAGUUGUAGUCCUUUCGGCCCAGUUCAAGAUGUAACACAAAAGGUGUUCUGUUCAACUGAACCAUUUCCUGGUGAUACAACUUUUCAAGUUCGAAAUGUUUAUCCAUUCCUUGAUCUUCGAGUGUUGGUUUUUGAAUCGAAUUAUUAUCGAUACGGAGUUCAACUGUGUAAUUCUAAUGGCCCUGUAAUUAGUUUAAGUAUGCCAUCUGAAGCUUGUCGUCGUCAAUUCAUCGAUUGGGUGUACGGAUCCAUUGCUGAAAUGGAGGAAUUACAGCAACAUCAACAAAUUAAGAAAAGUGAAUGUGAACGAACUAUCAUUGUUAAUUGUAAACGGAAUUCAACGAAUACUACCGCUAAUGGUACUACUUCUAUUAAUAAUGGCGAUAGAUGUGUCAUGCCUUCCUCAAGAGUAACUGAAAAAGUUAUAUUAUUUAAUGCCUAAUUAUUAUUCUCAUUAUUACUAACCAGCAUUAUUAGUGAAACUGCAGAUAAACAGAAUAUCAUUGAUUUACAUUUUUCUUUUGUAUUUGAGUUCACAGAAUAUUUCAGUUGAAUUCCUUUUUUUCACUUUGUAAUUUCUAUUUCACUGUAUAAGAGCAAACAGUAGUCUAUACAUAAAGAUGAUUCUUUUCAUUGUUUCAAUGUGUAUUUUUGGCAUUGAUUGCUCAUUCAACCCCUCAGAUCAUUCAAAGUGAAUGUAUACUUGGAAUCUCUCCCCCCCUUUCUGUGAUACUUUAAUUAAUUGAACGUAUAAACAUAAACGUAUACCACAAAACAUAAGUUUAUAGAUAUCUACAUAAAAAUAGAUUAUUCCUUUUAAUUUUUAAUGCUUAAAUUUUGUUGAUUCAAUCAUUGUCCCAUAUCAGAGAUUAUAAAGUUAGAUAAAAUUUUCAGUGUUUAUGAGUAUUAUUAUUACUGUUGUUAUUACAUAACAGUUUUGUUCACUUGUUUAUUCACCUUUUAUUUACUAGAAUCUCCAGACAAAUUAGACUAGUUUAUUAUUAAUUUGAAUAUGAUAAUUCAUAUAUGUAUCAUAUGACCCAGUUUAUAAUCGCAUUUGUUUAUAGAAUACUUCUACUUAUUUGUAUUGGUUUCUCUUGCUUUUUCAUCCUUUUCAGUUUAACCUCAUUUAUGUGAAUAUUGAAUAUUUGUACAUUUUUAUAAAUAAUUCUUUUUCCAUUACUGUAUAGAUUACCUUUCCCCUAUUCAUUGUUUGUAUAAAAAAUAUGAGACUAUUUUCUGCUUUAAAAUAUGUUCGCUUAAAUACAUCUAAUCUCAUU